GGAGAAAAUAUUGCAAGGUGAAGCCAACUAGAAUCAUGGCAAGCGUCGAUAUUCAAACCGAGGAGGAUCCCUUUGAGCCCUACUACUUUAAGCAUGAGGAACAGCAGAUUUGUGGCCAAUUCGUAAGCCCAAUCACUGAUAACUACGAUGAGAACUAUCCGAGUGUGGUAGAUCGCUUCUUUACACGCUACUACUAUAUAAAGGCCCAAGCCGCUUACCAAGUGCUCUAUCACUCCAAUCGCAUAUGCCUAAUUUGCCUGGCCCCUUCACAUCCUGCCUACACCGAGGGCAUUGAGUCGGUCAGCUACGAUGUGGGCAACGUGGAUCGCAGCCAGAAUGUGGUCAAAGGCAAGGGCAAAAAAGGCGGCAUGAUUUUGCAGGCGGAGACAACACUGGCACUGCUCAAGACAAACUCUGGCAACACUUUCAAGAUACCUAGUUGUAUACGCGGCAAGUUGGUAGAGGUCAACACGGCGCUUCUCACCGAUCCCAAGCUGCUGGAGAGAGUUCCUGAGGGAGCCGGUUACUUUGCCAUAUUGUUGCCCAAGAUUGACAAUUGUGAUGGAAUUAAAGCGAGUUUACUGACACAGGAGCAAUAUGAGGAGUUUGUAAGGAAUGGCAAAACAGCUGAAGAGCCCACCACAUAAGAUUCAGCUAAUGUAUUUAUCUGCACAAAUAACAUUUAAAUAAAAUGAGAUUGUUCUUACCCAGAAAA